UCAAAAAUGGAACUCCAGAUCCCCUUUUCUCUCCUUUUCUUUGCUGCCAUAUUCUUCUUAUUCUUCAAGGCGCUUAGAAGCUCCAACUCCCUUGAUACAAACAAAAAGCUUCUUCCACAACCAUGGAAGCUCCCUCUAAUUGGACACAUGCAUCAUUUCAUUGGCACACUCCCUCACCGAGCUCUAGCAAACUUAGCCGAUAAGCUAGGACCAGUCUUUUAUCUUCAACUCGGUGAAGUGCCCGCUGUGGUAAUAUCAUCUCCCCAUUUGGCCAAAGAAGUCAUGAAAACUCAUGAUCUCGCUUUUGCAGACAGACCCAAACUUUUAACUGCUGAAAUCAUUGCCUAUAACUACACAGACAUCGCCUUCUCCCCUUAUGGGGAAUACUGGCGACAGAUUCGUAAGAUAUGCGUCUUGGAGCUUUUGAGUGCAAAAAAGGUCCAAUCGUUUCGAUCUAUUCGUGAAGAAGAGUCUUGGAACCUCAUCGAAUCCAUAGAUAUGCAGACAUCAAAAUCAAUCAAUCUUUCUGACAAGACUUUCACGUUGAUAAACAACAUCAUUUGUAGAGUUGCGGUUGGGAGCAGAUGCAAGGAGCAGGCAACACUCAUUGCGUUGAUUGAAAAGAUUGUAUCUUUAUCCGGUGGUUUUGAUGUGGUUGAUAUAUUUCCAUCUCUCAAAGUACUACAUGUAGUUGCUGGCAUGAGGAAAAAGUUAGUGAAGUUACACAAGAAAAUCGAUCAGAUUUUUGAUAGCAUCGUAGAGGACCACCAAGAACGUCGUGCAGGUGGACACAUCAUAGACAAUGAAGACCUUCUUGAUGUUAUAUUGAGGCUUAAAGAAGAUGGCGGGCUACAGUUUCCGUUAACUUCGGACAACGUCAAAGCAGUAAUCCUGGACAUGUUUUCCGCUGGAACACAUACAUCUGCCGUGACACUUCAAUGGGCAAUGUCAGAACUAAUAAAAAAUCCAAAGGUGAUGACAAAAGCGCAAGCAGGGUUGAGGCAUGUACUAAAGGGAAGGGAAAGGAUUUAUGAGUCAGAUAUUCAAGACCUUGACUACUUAAAACUAGUAAUCAAGGAAACCUUGAGGUUGCACCCACCACUUCCUUUAUUACUCCCUAGGGAGGCUCGAGUGAAGUCUGAGAUUGGUGGAUACCAAAUUCCUGCCAAUACAAAAGUUAUGAUUAAUGUGUGGAAAAUAGGACGUGAUCCAAAAUACUGGAUAAAUCCAAACAAUUUCAUACCUGAACGAUUUAGUGAUAAUGCAAUUAACAUGUUAGGAAAAGAUUUCGAGUUUCUCCCAUUUGGGGCUGGAAGAAGAAUGUGUCCUGCCAUGAAUUUGGGGUUGAUCAACGUCGAGCUUCCACUUGCUAUGCUACUUCACCACUUCAAUUGGGAACUCCCAGAUGGAGCAACAUCAGAAACCCUAGAUAUGAGCGAGAGUUUUGGAGCGGCUCUUAAACGGAAACAUGAGUUGUAUUUAGUUCCAAGUGCUUGGUAACACAAACUAAAGCAUAUGUUUUUCAUGAUGCAUGUGACUUAAGGAUUAUUUAAUACAUGAUAA